GCCCGGCCAUGGGGGCGCUGACCAGCCGGCAAAACGCAGGCGUGGAGGAAGUGGAUAUCCCCGCUAAUUCCGUCUACAGAUACCCCCCGAAAUCCGGGAGCUAUUUUGCCAACCACUUCAUCAUGGGAGGCGAGAAGUUCGACUCGACGCACCCCGAGGGGUACCUCUUCGGCGAGAACAGCGACCUCAACUUCCUGGGCAGCCGCCCCGUGGCGUUCCCUUACGCUGCUCCACCACCUCAGGAACCCGUGAAGACCCUCAGGAGCUUAAUCAACAUCCGCAAAGACACCCUGCGCCUCGUGAAGUGCUCGGAGGAGGUGAAGGCCCCGGGGGAAGAGGUCAGCAAGGCGAAGGUGCACUACAACGUGGAGUUCACCUUCGACACGGACGCCCGCGUGGCCAUAACCAUCUACUACCAGGCGAGCGAGGAGUUCCAGAACGGGGUGGCGAGCUACAUCCCCAAGGACAACAGCUUGCAGUCGGAGACGGUGCACUACAAGCGGGGGGUGUGCCAGCAGUUCUGCAUGCCCUCGCACACCGUGGACCCCUCGGAGUGGGCGGAGGAGGAGCUGGGCUUCGACCUGGACCGGGAGGUGUACCCCAUGGUGGUGCAUGCCGUGGUGGAUGAAGAGGAUGAGCAUGUUGGCCACUCGCACGUGCUGCUGGCGACCUUCGAGAAGCACGCCGACGGCACCUUCUGCGUGAAGCCCCUCAAGCAGAAACAAGUGGUGGACGGCGUGAGCUACCUCCUCCAGGAGAUCUACGGCAUAGAGAACAAGUACAACACGCAGGACUCCAAGGUCGCCGAGGACGAGGUGAGCGACAACAGCGCCGAGUGCGUCGUCUGCCUCUCGGACGUCCGCGACACCCUCAUCCUGCCCUGCCGCCACCUCUGCCUGUGCAACACGUGCGCGGACACCCUGCGGUACCAGGCCAACAACUGCCCCAUCUGCCGACUGCCUUUCCGAGCCUUGCUUCAAAUCCGAGCCAUGAGGAAAAAACUGGGGCCCCUGUCUCCCACCAGCUUCAACCCCAUCAUUGCCUCGCAGACCUCCGACUCGGAGGAGCACUCGUCCUCGGAGAACAUCCCUCCAGGCUACGAGGUGGUGUCCCUGCUGGAGGCCCUCAACGGGCCACUGACGCCCUCUCCAGCUGCCCUGCCGCCCCGCGUCCUCGGGGACGGCCACGGCGCAGCGACACUGCCCUCCUACGGCAGCGAGAGCCACCCACCUCCCCUGCGGGCCCUCUCGCCCCUCGAGCGCCUCUCCGACUGCGGCAGCCAGGGGCUCAAGCUGAAGAAGAGCCUGUCCAAGUCCAUCUCCCAGACCUCCUCCAUCCUGCCUGAAGAGGAGGACGAGAAGUCCUGCAGCGAGUCGGAGAUCAGAAUUGCCCCGAGGAAACCUUCAGCUCAGCAUGAGGAGGAAUGUGGUGUGACUCCCGAGAGCGAAAACCUCACCCUGUCGUCAUCGGGAGCCAUCGACCAGUCCUCGUGCACUGGCACCCCACUCUCCUCCACCAUCUCAUCUCCGGAAGACCCCGUCAGCAGCAGCCUGGCUCAGUCCGUCAUGUCCAUGGCCUCCUCCCAGAGCCGGCACUCGCAGAUCAGCACCGACACCGUCUCCUCCAUGUCCGGCUCCUACGUCGCUCCCGGCACGGAGGAGGAGGGCGACACGCUGCCGUCGCCGGCGGCCGCCAGCGCCAUGGCCUCCGAAGGAGAGUCGACGCCUGUGGAGUCCCCGGAUAUAAACUUCGUCAGCAUCUCGGCUGAGGAGCGCGAUUCCGAGGGCAAUGACGUGCUGGAGGAUGAGGACACCUCUCCCGUGCAGGAAGACGGCCAGAGGACAGGCGCUUUCCGCGGUCUGAGGUGUGACAAUAACAAUGACGUGGCCAUCGCACGCGUGAAAGCGCUGGACAAUAAACUGUGCUCUGAGGCCUGCUUACCUGGCCUCGAGGCAGCCGACAACAACGCCCGGCUCCCAUGGCAGAGCCGCCGGCGCUGCCGCUCCACCAGCACCAUCGAGGCAGACACCGCGGAGGCGGCACGGCGUGGGAAAGCUGCCUGCCGGAGGGGCUCGCGGACGCCAGCACCGCAGCCGAAACGCCCCCCCUGCUCCCCUUCUUCCCCUGGCACGGAGGAAUCCUGGAGCCCGGGCGCCGCAGGCAUUGCCACUGCCAACCCUUGGCCGUAGCGAUACUGAUUUUUCAAAAACCGGUAACCUCGAAUUCUCCUCCUGGCCCGCUCCGCCUGGCCCCAUCGCCGCGGCAGGACUGAUGGGACACAGCGGGGAGAGCAGCACGGGGCCGUGGCACGGGCUGGUUUUCCUACUGCCACCGAGGCAAGCGGGUCCUCGGGGAUGCCGGAGCCCGUCCCGCGUCCUUGUGCUCCUCUCUGCUCCCGCAGCUCGCCGGGCAGCGCUGAGCGGGACGGAGAUCGCCCAGCGGCUCCGCGGUGGGACGGGGCUCCUCGGCCACGGGGCAGCGGGAGAGUGAGGCUGGGAGGAAGGUGCUCGCUGGCAGCGAGUGACAGCGUUUGCUUGCUGCCCCCCGGCUCUGGCUGUGGGCUCCGAGCUGCCCCCGUGGCACGGGCACCCCAGCUGCACAAGCUGGCGAGCUCGAAGCGGGGGCUGGCCCCUGCCGGGUUUGCCGGCGCGUGCCGAGGCUGCGGGAAGUCCCUGGCUGUGCCGUGGCGGUGACAGCGCCCCUGCCUCGGCUCUGCUCCCACGGCCCCCACCCGCCUCCCUCCGCGCUCCCCCCGGGCACAGCCCCCCGCCCCGGCUGCCAAAGCUGAGCAAUAAGCAGGCUGCCGGGGCCGGCGGCUCCUUCCUCUGGCUUGCUUUUCCUGGGGGCUGAACGCGGUGCCGGGGGCAGCCCAGCCGCGCCGGACCCCAGCUCCCGGGCGAUUGCUCGUUUAACCUCACCGUCUUCCGACCCGCUGCACGUGCGGCACUCGGGGCUGGCCCUCUCUCUGCAACAAGUGCCAAAAGCGCCAGCCCGCUUCUUCGGUCCUUCUCUCUCUCUCUGAAGCACUUUGUAGCAGGGGGGUGGAGGGGGAUGCGGGAGCUGCCUCCCUCACCACCCUCCCACCCCUCCAUCCUCUCGUCCGUCCUCUGUUCUCCACCUGGCACUGGGCUGUUGGCAUAAGCGAGUUUUUACUUGACGGGACAGGGAUAGGAUGGCGAUGCGGCCCCAGAUCGCCGGGAUUUAGGGGGGUUCCCUUGGACGUGCUGAGGCAGAGUGGAGCAAGGGAGGCUUUGGGGGAGUGGUGCAGGGCUUGGCCACGUGCAGCCCCUCCAAGCAGCUGGAGAGCAUGAAGGUCCUUUAAAAGCUGCUUUGGGAAGCGUCAGACUCAGGAUCCCAAUUUAGCAUGUUCUGGAGCUGUUUGGGCCCUUACAAGGAGUCCAACCCCCGCCUCUUCCCCACCUGUUUUUUUGGGCAGCACAUGAGAGCCAAGUGAAGUUGGGGGCUCUUCCCCUGUGCCCCUGGUCUUUCCACAGCAGAAGGACAAGCCGCAGAGGGCUCGAGCCCCAGCUGUCUGCAGAGGGUCCAGCAUGCAUGCACGCACACAGGCAGCAGGCAUCCUCCUGCACAUCCCCGUGGUGGUGCGUGGGGUCAUGCUGAUGGCAGCGCGCCCCCUAAAAGGGGAAUAAAGCCCUCUGGAAGGCCGGGGGGCGGUGGUGCAGCGGCGGCUAUUUGCGCUGCCCGCUCUGCAGCCGGGGGCGCAUGGCUGCUCUCCCCGUGGCGUGGCUCCUCCAGGAGUUGCAGUUGGUGUUGGACAUCCUGCUUCCCUCUCCCCUCAUCCUCGAUCUCCUCUCAAGACCUCAGCAUUUGAGAUUGGGACCCAUAUCUCCUGCAGGCUUUGCAGUUCCUAAAUUUCUUUCUGAGACCUUGUGGCCAGGGGUUGGAGAAGAUUGAAGUCUCCAAGCCACCCUCCAGUGACAUGGGACCUGCUAAUGGGAGAGAGGGGCAGGAGAAGUGUCCUAGAGCAGGAGGAAGACAGGGGACAUGUGCUCCGUGGCAAGGGGACAGCUGCAGCCUGCUCCAGCCCAGGGCUGGGACAGAGCAGCCCACGGCUCGCAGACUCGCAGAUUCAGGUUUCCUGGCCCAAAGGAUUAAGUAGCACCUUUCGAGGCACAGGGAGACCUUUGGCUUCCUGAGAUCUCUCCGUUCAGGGGUUUCUCUACUGGGCUGAGCUGGGAAAUCCAGCAGCAGUGCAGUGGAAAAGUUGCACGGGACGGAAAAUCAGUCUGAUGCUCCUGCACGCGCGUGUCUGGCAACGUCCUUUACUCCUCCCAGGGCACAACAAGGGCUCUCCAGACCAGUGGCCUCCCCAUGAGGUUCGGUGCAGCUGGGUACCUUGGUACGGUGCUGAGAUGGUGUUUCUGGCUGCUGGGGGGGAUCAGGGGGAGAGCAAGCAGGCUCUUGUUCAGGAGGUUCCCUCAAGCGUAGCAGAGCAGGUUUCCUGGCCGCUCCGAGCUGUGCGUUCCUGAGUCUGCAGGGAGCUGUGGGGCCGCUGGGGCUGCUCCAGCGGCAACGGGGGGUGGCUGAAGUCCCCCUCGAGUAACUGGGACGAUCGGCUGGUACGACCAUACGGACUCCCGUGUUGGACGCAGUCUUAAAGGCUGAGGGUUGAACUCCGCGUGGGAGCGCACUGGUAACUCAGAGGAGUCGCCUGCUGCCCCAUGAGCGUAGGGCAGUGAGGACAGCCGGGAUGCUGCUGCGCGGGAAGGCUGGGGCCGUGCAAGGGUGGCCCUGCAGGGACGUUUGCAGGGACAGUGCCCUUGUGAAGCUUGCACGAUUCCUUGGUGCAAGCAAAGGAACGAGCAUCCUCGGCCAGCAGGGCUGGGGGGAGCAGGGCUUCCAGCGCCGGUGCAAGCUGCGCGCGUGCCGGGGCGCGCAGGGCGGAGAUUGCGUUCUGCUUCCACCACAUUUUCACCGCUCACAGGUAAUGCACACUGCAGUCACACCUCCUCCUCGCCGGAGAGACGUCCCCGUUGCGUGCUCGGCGGGUGGGGAGUGCCGGAGAGCUUUACUGGGCCACCUGGAGCUGCCGAGAGAGAAAGUAGUAGGAUGUAAGUAAUAGGAUGAGAGGCGACGGCCCUUUUCUCUCCCAGGUCAGACCCUUGCUCCAGGGAUCCACUCGGCAGGGAUUUAAGAAAGGAAACCAGAUUGCUGCUUAUGACUUUGCUUUGAGCAUGUUUUGGAUUUUGCGAGUAUGUUUAAUAAAGGGUAUCCUACGUCGACGAA